CUGCCGGCGCCACAUGUUCGUAGCACUGACUUGGUGCUUGUCGCUGGGUUAUGACCAAAACUGCGUCAAUAACGCGCGACAAAAAGUAUCGCGUUUGCGGCAGUUAUGUCUGUGUUGCGGUGUUUCUGUGCGUCAAUGAGCACAGGCCUCAAUUCGCAGCGGGUGCUCACGGGUCGGUGCCGUAGUUCACAGCCGCCAGCAUCGCUGUGCCUCGUCGGCCUCGUUGUGUGUCGGUCAGCCAGCGGAGCCAAGGACAAGCAGCCGCUGAAGAAAGCCAAGACCCCGCAGGGUCGCUUGGACCUCCCGGAGGAGAUGAGCAGAGAUGUCCUCCAAAAGUUUCCCGAUGACGUGAACCCUGUAACCAAGGAGAAAGGGGGUCCUCGGGGUCCGGAGCCGACCCGCUACGGAGACUGGGAGAGAAAGGGUCGCUGCGUGGACUUCUAGCCAACAACCUGGACAUGAGUUCUGCUGUGGAGACGUUUAUCUUGAUGCAGUAUUAUUAUGUUGUAUAAUUAAAAGUAAAACAAUAUUUCAGAGAUCUAAUGUUUCUUUCUGUAGAACGAGCAAGUUGGAUUUGUGUACUGGUUUCACAUUAUUGAACGUGACCCUGAGUAAAGCAUAAUAUGAACUACA